GACUGGAGUGCGGGCUGCCCUGCGCCGUCCCAGCCGCGGCCGCGGAGCUUCCCUGCUGCAGCUCGCCAGGCACAUGGAGGCUCCCCGCGAGCCCGCGCCCCGGCCCGGAGGCCCAGAGGCCACCCCCGAGCGCCGCGGGCCGCGCUGCCUGCCGCUGUCCGACCUCCUAGAGGAGCUGCGGGCGCUCUUGGUGCUGGCGGGCCCCGCGUUCCUGGCCCAGCUGAUGGUGUUCCUGAUCAGUUUCAUAAGCUCCGUGUUCUGCGGCCACCUGGGCAAGCUGGAACUGGACGCUGUCACCCUGGCAAUUGCUGUUAUUAACAUCACGGGCGUUUCAGUGGGAUUUGGCUUAUCUUCUGCGUGUGACACCCUCAUCUCCCAGACAUACGGGAGCCGGAACCUGAAGCACGUGGGGGUCAUCCUGCAGAGGGGCGCGCUCAUCCUGCUCCUCUGCUGCUUCCCCUGCUGGGCGCUCUUCCUCAACACCGAGCACAUCCUGCUGCUCUUCAGGCAGGACCCCGACGUGUCCAGGCUCACCCAGACCUAUGUCACGAUCUUCAUUCCAGCUCUUCCUGCAACCUUUCUGUAUACGUUACAAGUUAAAUAUUUGCUCAACCAGGGAAUCGUGCUGCCCCAGAUUUUAGCCGGAGCUGCGGCCAACCUCGUCAACGCCCUCGCCAACUAUGUGUUUCUCCAUCAGCUGCACCUUGGGGUGAUAGGUUCUGCACUGGCAAAUAUGAUCUCCCAGUUCACCCUGGCUCUAUUGCUCUUCCUCUACAUCCUUGGGAAAAAACUGCAUCAAGCUACGUGGGGAGGGUGGUCCCUUGAGUGCCUGCAGGACUGGGCCUCCUUCCUUCACCUGGCUGUCCCCAGCAUGCUCAUGCUGUGCAUCGAGUGGUGGGCCUAUGAGGUCGGGAGCUUCCUGAGCGGUAUCCUUGGCAUGGUGGAGCUGGGAGCUCAGUCCAUCGUGUAUGAACUGGCCAUCAUUGUGUACAUGAUCCCCUCGGGCUUCAGCGUGGCUGCCAGCGUCCGGGUGGGGAAUGCGCUGGGUGCAGGAAACAUCCAUCAGGCGAAGACGUCCACCGCGGUGGCUCUGCUGAUCACAGCGCUGUUUGCUGUCAUCUUCUGUGUCCUGCUCUUGGGCUGUAAGGAUCUUGUGGGGUACAUUUUCACUACCGACCGGGACAUCAUUGAUCUGGUGGCUCAGGUGGUUCCAAUUUAUGCCGUGUCCCACCUGUUCGAAGCUCUUGCAUGCACGUGCGGUGGCAUUCUGAGGGGAAGUGGUAAUCAGAAGAUUGGAGCCAUCGUGAAUGCCAUCGGCUACUAUGUGGUUGGUCUCCCCAUUGGGAUUGCACUGAUGUUUGCGACCAAGCUGGGAGUGAUAGGUCUGUGGUCAGGGAUCAUCAUCUGUGUGGUCUCUCAAGCUGUGUGUUUUCUAGGCUUUAUUGUUCGGCUAAAUUGGGAAAAAGCCUGUCAACAGGCGCAGGUACAUGCCAAUUUGAAAGUAAAUGUGGCUCAGAAUGGGAGCUCUGCUCUCUCUCCAGAUGCCCUGCACCCAGGUACGACGGAACUCCUUGCUCGCAGCGAGGCCUGUCCAGGGGGCCCUGAAGACCACGAAGGAAUUUUAAUGGAAGAUGUUGGAAAAAAAGGCCAGACUCAGGUGGAUCAGCAGGCGCAUCAAGAGGAACCUUUGCCGGUGCAUCCAAAGGACAGCACUAAGUUGUCCUGGAAACAGCUGAUGCUGUGGCGAGGGCUCCUGCUCCUGGGGGUUAUUUUAGUCUUGCUGGUGGGGAUUUUCGUGAGAUUAUAUGUCAGAAUUCAGUGAUGUGGCAAGAGGGAGAGAAAGUCAGGUCAAGUGACACUUUUGAGCUUCCAAAUAGGCUCAGCCGUGACAAUUCAUUUUCAGCCAAUGUAAUUCAGCUAUGCCCAUGGACUUCAAGAAUUGGGAAUUCAAAGAUAUAUUUUUCUAAUGAAGAAGAAAAGGAACUAAGGUAAAACUAUAUUCUGGUCAAAGACAGUGUCCGAAGGAUGGCAUUUGGGUAGUAAUUCAUCCACCACUGUGUCAACCAAGGACCACCACAUUACUGACCACAUUGACUUAUGGCUUUGGUAUUGCUUUGCUCACUGUUUGUUUUUAGACACAGACCCCUAAACUAAGUGCUUAAGAAUUCUUAC